CAGCCGACCAUUCGUGGACGAACGACAGCGGUACGCUCGUCCCAACGCGAAAUUAGUGCAUGUCGAACGUUUCUCUUCGAUCCAGAAAAGAUGGAAGUGUUGAUAGACGGCUACUUCGACAAGCUGUUCGCUGAAAUGGAGCGCAGUUGCCUGGCCUCGCGUUACAAACGUCGAGAGUUGGUAGGCUACUUCUCCGACGUGAUAAAUAGCUGCGCGGAAGCGGAGAACCUAGACAAGCAGGACGUCUGCGAGAGGAUAGUGAUGUCCGCCCUGCGCUACCACAACAUAGCCAUGAUGGAGAACGGCUACGUCUGCCUGCUAGGCAAGUUCCACAACGUUCUCUACGUGGCAGCGAAGCUCUGCUACGACUGGAAUCUCGAGAACAACGAAAUCGUCUCGCGACUGCUCAACGACAUCUUCUACUGCGAGAAGACCUUUGAGCGUAUAUUAGUGGGCGCUAUCUUCGGUACACGGGUGACCCACUUCCUGUCAGGUUGGAAGAGCGACUUUGAGGACCGCGAGGAGAACAUCAACGCGCUGAUAUACUUUCUGCACCACGCCACCAUUGGACGGCUCGAGUACAGGUGCCAGCUAUUGCCCAUGAAGAGACGCUUGAUUGAUAUACCCAUGGAGUCCUACGGACAGGCGUUGCCAUUAAGGGUGGCCAUUCAAAACGGCUCGCCAGAUAUUCUUCUCGUCAUGCUGCGUUACGGAGCUUCCGUAGAGCCAGACAAUUUGGCUCCGUCUCCCUUGGAAAUGCUGUUGACGAGACUGAGCGAGUACGACCCUCAGCCUGGACAACAGCAGGCAGUUUAUCCUGAACCCUUGCUUCAAUGUCUGAGGAUAGUGCUGAGAACCGUGACCACAGCUUUUGUGAAAACGCCCAGUUACAUAGCUGACAAAAGCGGCAUCUACAGUGUCUCUCUUUAUGAACAGUAUCCUACUCUGGUGGAGCAGAAGUUGGUGCCACCCGAGAGGAGUGGUCUGAAUCCACCUGAAUUGAGACACUUGUGUCGUUGUCGUAUUAGAGAGACUCUGUUUGAGAACUGGGCCCUGCCGCAUGGAAUACAGAGUCUACAGAUCCCAGCGUCGCUCAGGGACUACUUGGACCUGCUCACCGACUGAUAUAUGUACUUUCGCCGUUGUGGGUCGAAACUUGGACUUGUUAGGUGAGAUAGAGAGACCCUAAGUUUAGGGAUACGCCAGAGUUUACUUAAAACCCUCUUGAGACUGAUUAGUAUUUGAUCUACCCGCUGCUACGAGAUGUGUUUCAUUUGGAAUGCAAAGGAAGGACAUUCUUCAAAGUUCACUGAGGAUACUUCAUUUAGUGAGCUGAAUAUAAUUUCUUUUAGAUAUAUGAGCUGCUCAUUGCACAAAUCCAUUAACUCCAUACAACAAAAAGUUGAGAAAUGUGAUCAAAAUAGCCUCUGAAAUAAAUUAUUUAUUAUUCAAUGGCCAAAAUAAUUUUGUCGUUUAAUGGUGUUUUAAUGGUUUAAGUGCUUUGACACUUAAAUUUAAGAUUUUUAAAAAAGCGGAGUUAAUCGAUUUGUACAGUCAACGGCUCAUAUGUACAAUAAAAUGGUCGUGCAAUAGAGGGCUAAUAUGGUUGCGUGACGAGUUAGGUGUGUGGAAAAUCGAUAACUUCGGUUCAGACAAUAACGACGCACUUAAGUAAUGAUGUAACAAUAUUUGUAGGAAAACAUUUAUACAGAAAUAUCACUGAGUGGAAGUGACAAAGUUAUUUCUAGGUCACGUGAGUUUCAGACCUUUCAGAAAUAUAGCUGUCGUUGAAACAGAUGAAGUGACUUUUCAUGCGACUCUUCAUGUAUAAACAUUUUUCUUUCAAAUUAUAACGAAACCACUGAGACCAAUAUAUUUAUACAUGAAAAUUCACUUCGCUGCAUGUGACAUUGCGAAACUGUAGUCGGUUUCUAGAUUGCACUCGAAGUUCAUCGAAACUGUAAUCGAAACUCGAUGAAUCGCUCCCACACGAACCUGCGGCAUCAAGUUUCGAAGUUCGACGCGCGAAAUGCGUGCAUAAGCUGAAAGCAUUGACCGAGGUGCCUUGUAGUCGACCAUAACUUUUCAAUGCAAUUUCUUUUGUCAGCGUAUCGAGUGUUACAUAAAUCGUCGUAGUUGCUGAUCGAGUUGGGGCAGCAGAGCAUGGAAAAACCCAUAGGAAAACCUAUCAAUUUCGAUACAGAUGUAUCGACUUUUCCAGUUUGUAUGUGAAAUCCCUUCUCGAGUUUACAAUUCGUAGAAACGUCCCUAAAGAU